CUUCUUUUGUAUAUUUUGGCAGGUCAAUCUCUGGGGAGUCCCUCCAUAUGUUAAAUUUGAGUGAUAUAUAGAGAUAUGUAUUAGUGAAUGGUUAUAUAAUUUAUUUUUGAUGUUUUACACUCCAUCAUCAUUUUAAUCCUCGCUUCAAUUACUAGUGUAUAUCUCCCUGUGUUGUGGGCAGAGAUGUCAUCCAUAUCCUCAUGGGAUGGCACCAUUACAUCUACUGAAUUUCACAAUGCUGCUUCUACUUUUGCUGAGAUAUGGAACAACUUCGAUCUAGGGUUUCCUAACUGGUCAUGGAUCAACUGUCCAAAGAAACCAGCUUUUGCUGAUACCAAGGUACAAGGAUAUUUAUCCUUGGAGAAUAUCAUUCUUCCUCAGGAAGAAUGUUGUCUUGCUGGAAUAGAAGAAUUGGCUUGCUCUGGCGAAGAUACUGCCAUAUUGGUUCAAAAGGACGGCAAAGAAAGACAUCAUUAUGACUUUCAUGUCAUCUACAGUUCCUCUUUCAGGGUUCCAGUACUUUAUUUCCGUGCAUACUGCAGUGAUGGAGAACCCUUGGCAAUAGAAGACCUGGAAAAGGACUUUCCUACCUAUGCUGCACAGGAACUAGUUGUAUCUAAAUGGACCUUUAUAACUCGGGAGGAGCACCCCUUCCUGAAUCGGCCAUGGUACACAUUACAUCCCUGUGGGACUAGUGACUGGAUGAAGCUGCUUUUCAGUAAUGAACCUCCGGUGGUGUCUCAAGGUGGAGUUGCAAUUGAGAAAUAUCUAACCUCAUGGUUUUCAGUUGUAUCAGCUAUCUUUGGUUUUAAAAUCCCCUUAAAAUUCGCUACAUGUAUGAACUAUACACCCAACAAGUCUGGAGAUGUUGCUACUGUAAUAUAGAUUUAGUUUUUUCUUGUCAAUGUAAAUUAUCUGCUAAGAUGCAAAAUUAGAGCAGAUUAUGUUGGAUGUUAGGCCUUACAUAAAAUUAAUCUUUAUCCUGAAUAGGCCGAUGUAGAUUUUAAAUUUUAAUCUGUUAAAGUGUUGGCAUUUCGGAUUA